AUGGUGAACAAAGGCGAGCGAGUGGACCCAUCGAAGCUCGCUGAGAUUGUCAUUAACGUCAAGGAUGGCAAGUCUGCUCAGUUGGUCAACCUCGGGAUGCCGACCACCACUGCCACCGACGCCGACGACAAGGCCCUUUUCAACAAUGGUCUUUUUGAUGGAUUGCCUUUGGACAAGGCGCUCAUUUUCAAUGGGUAUCUGUUCGGGCCAUGGGACAUCGCCAAGUAUAACGAGCUCAUGCCAAAGGCUCCAGAGAGGGAUUGCGUUUGUUAG